AUGAUCGACUCCUCCACAUCGAACUUUGGUGGGCAUUCACCAGCGAUUAGCGAUGGUAAUCACUGCUAUUCACUAUCCCCUGUGAACCCAUAUGUGCAGAGCCGGCAACCACUACCGAGUAUCGAGAAUGGCCGUUUCAAGUUCCAAUUGCAAUAUGUACCGGAGCAUCUGCAUCUGUUUGUUAUUGCAGAAGCAUUAGGUGCUGAUACAUUUGCGCAGAUCCAGAGCUCUUGCAGUAUUCUAUAUUCCGAAGUACGCCCAGCAGGACCUAAAGGGAAGCGCGUUAGGUGGGAGGCAGAUGAGCAUGAGACGAUAGACUCAAGCAGCGAUUCAGAUACAGUAUUCUACAAAACUCAAAAGGUGAUCACAACAUAA